AUGUCAAGGAGAAUUUCAUACUCAGCAUCUUCAUCCCCUUCUAAAGAAAUUGUAAGACCUUUUACAAGCAUGAAUUUUUCACCUCUACCAAGCUUAGAUUCUCACUUUGAAGCCAUAGACGACAUAUAUCAACAAGAAUUGCAAACAUUUCAUAAUGAAAAUGGUCUAAAAGAACGAAAAAGGGAGGUAUAUUCAUCGAUGUCCUAUCCUCAUUCAGCUAAAAGAACUCCUCGAUCCCCAACCGAGUUUUCUCCCAGCAGUGAUUUUCCACUAAAGCAUCUACGUAGAAAAAGCAAUCCAGAUGAAUAUACAAAAACCGCAAUAAAUACUCCUAUAAGACCUUAUUCUCAGCAAAGUGAUUAUUGCUCUAUGGCAAAAGAAUGCUUAAUAAAGCUUCGAGGGAAACAUAAAUCAUUUGACAACAAUAACAGGCAUAAAAUUUCGCCCAGAAAACAAAAAUUAAUACAGGCAAGCAUCGAUUAUAAUCGAAAUUUAAAAUGCAGCAUGGCUACGAAUUUAAUGGAAGCCUGCAAAAAUUUCCCAAAUUCUGAAGAAAUUAACACGAAAAUUGAUAAAGAAAAGAAAUAUAUGAAUAGUUGAAGCAAAUUUAUUGACUCAACGUCUGAAAUCUUGCAAAAUAUUGACUACUGUGAUAAUGUGGUUUUAAAGCAUUUGUUUUAUUUUAAUAAAAAUGCAAUACAAGAUAUGUAUCAAGAUAGCCAAAUUAUAAAGCAGGGAACUAAACAUAAGCCGUUUAGGCUAAAGUCAAAAGCAAAUAGGAAGCACAAUCUUGCAACAGCUUUAUAA